AAACCUUUGCAGCAUGUUUACUCGACAAGAAUCUGACCUAGUUUUGCAGUUGUUAAGGAAGUACAGUAGAUAAUUUAACCUGCCUGCAUACCUGUGCAGGUCGACUACAACAUGGCCCAGAGUUCAGGGACAGUAUAUACAGACAAGCUGUUUAAAGUUUUAGUCAUUGGGGAUCCAGGCGUUGGGAAAAGCAGCUUUGUACUGCGUUAUGUUAGAAAACGCUUUGAUGAAAAUUACAGGUCAGAUAUUGGAGUUGACUUUGCUCUGAAAAGGAUUGAAUGGGAUGCUAAGACAGUGGUGAGACUGCAGCUUUGGGAUAUUGCAGGCCAGGAGAGGUUUAAGAAGAUGUCCAGAGUGUACUACAAAGGGGCGAUGGGAGCAGUAGUGGUCUUUGACAUUACAAACAGCUCCACCUUGGAGGCCGCCUCAGAGUGGAAACAGGACCUGGAUAGUAAAGUCUGUCUCGACAGCGGAUGCCCGAUCCCUGCUGUCCUGCUGGCCAACAAAUGUGACUUGACAGGAAGGGACAGAGACUUGGUGUCCUCCCUGGACAGCUUCUGUAAAGAUAACAACUUCAUGGGCUGGUUUGAGACCUCGGCAAAGGACAAUAUAAAUAUUGAUGAGGCAGGUGCCUCCCUUGUCAGACAAAUGAUGCUCUGCGACACCGGACUGUCCAAUGAAGAGCACCGCUGGGAUGGGAUCAAAGUGAGCCAGGCUCCCGGGGAGAGUCAGAGCCAGUCAUUGUGCUGCUGGAGACCACGGUUCUGAGGCAAAGAGCCAAACUACUGCAGCGACCGGUUAAACGCUCUCUUUUUGACACUACGAUAUGAAUCCACAGCCACUGCGUACAAGCUAUUUGAGCCUGUGUUACACAUAAUCAGUAAGUUUAUAUUCAGAUUUCUGCCUUUCCAUUUCCUCAGUA